AUGCAGGGGAGGAGGAAGAACACGCGAGAGAUGGCUCGGGAGCAGCCGCAGCCGCAACCGCCGCCGGCGCCGGCGCCGCCGGUUCUGCACCACAGGAUUGCCCAGCGAUGUAGUGAUCGUGGUGGGCGCAUGACAUUCCAUCUCCACAAGUUCCCGUUAAUGUCGAGGAGCAAGAAGCUUCACGACCUCAUCACGAACAAGGAUUUACGCGAGGCCAGCCGGAGGGGCAAAGGGGGCGACCAGGAAGAUGAUGCGGGGGAGAUCAGAGAGGAGGAAGUGGACGUGGUGCUGGAGGAGGACGAGGAGGCGGACGUGCACCGCAUCCGCCUCCCGGAGUUCCCCGGCGGCGCGGAGGCGUUCGAGUUGGCCGCCAAGUUCUGCUACGGCGUCAAGCUCGACCUCACGCCGACCACAGCCGCGCUGCUGCGGUGCGCCGCCGAGCGCCUCGGCAUGUCCGACGACCACUCGGAAGACAACCUCGUCUCCCGCGCCGACCGGUUCAUAUUGCAGACCGUCCUGAGGAACCCCAGGGACGCCAUCCGCGCCCUCAAGUCCUGCGAGGGCCUCCUCCCCCUCGCCGACGACCUCGGCCUCGUGUCGCGCUGCGUGGACGCCGUCGCCGCCAAGGCCGCCGCGUCCACGCCCACGGCGCUCUUCGGCUGGCCCAUCGCCGACGACGCCAGGGACGGCGACCGCCAGCGCCGCAAGACCGUGUCAUUGCCGCCAUGA